AUGGGCGUGCAUCCCACGUCAAGAGACUCCACACCAGCAACAUCAAAAAUUGCGUCUUUCGAGUCAUUUAACGAAGGAGAUGACCAGUUGACCCACCAUUCCCAGGACCACUACGUACCGUCUCCAACGACCCGUCCUUUACACAACGAUGGCUACGACUCUUCAUUCUCUCCCGUCAAUGAUUUCUCUUGCGACCUUCCUCCGCCGUCUACUGGCAUCAGCUUUGAUGCUCCCAACGACAAUUCUUCUAUGCCUAAUUAUGGCAACGAGAACCCACAUUCUCCUGAGGGGUACGAUUUCGGUGUUACAACUUCGAAUCCAGAGUACAUGACCCCUUUUGAAAGCUCAGUCGGUGAGGCCAAUGAGAAUGAUGGUGGUGGGGGUGGUGGUGGUGGUGGUGAUUAUGGAGGGUCUUUUGCCUCCGAGGGACCAGUGCUGCCCCCUCCCAACGAGAAGCCUGAGGAAGGCGAGGCAUUUCGCGAGUGGCGUCGUCAAAAUGUCAUCCAUCUCGAGGAAAAAGAGAAAAGAGAGAAGGAUAUGCGCAACCAGAUCAUCGAGGAAGCUGAACAGUACAAAAAUGAGAAAAGGAAGCUCAGUUGUGGAACAAAUAAAUCAAACAACAGGGAACGAGAAAAGUUGUACUUGGCCAACCAAGAGAAAUUCCACAAAGAUGCUGAUAAACAGUGUUGGAAAGCAAUCGCAGAGCUCAUUCCUCAUGAGGUGCCUAAUAUUGAGAGGAAGAGAGGGAAGAAAGAUUCUGAGAAGAAGACCGGAGUUGUGGUUGUUCAGGGUCCAAAGCCUGGGAAACCCACUGACCUUUCGAGGACGAGGCAAAUUUUCUCGAAGCUGAAACAAAACUGUCCUCCCCAUACGUUACCACCCCCACCCGCACCUGCCAAAGAUGGAAAGGAUGAUAAGGAAGGGGAAGAUGUAAAUGACGCAAAGGAAGGGAAAAACACCAAGAAUGGGAAAGUUUCCACACCUACUGUUGUUGGGGCUGCAGCAAAAACGCCAACUUCUACUUCCACAGCUGGAAAGACACCUACUUCCCCCCCACCAUGGCUGGAAAGACGCCUGCUUCCCCUGUCGCGGCUGGGUUGACGCCUACUUCCCCUGCCAAGGCUGGGAAUACGCCUUCUUCACCUGCUAAUGAUGCUGCUUCUAAUGCCCUUUCUGACCCAACUAAACUAGAGACUCCUGCUGCUAAUAUUGAGAAAACUACAGAAGCUGAGCAUGCUGCUGUCGAGUAAUCAUCACUCAUUCUCUUUUUUGUUGAUUCAUUUUCAUCAUUUAAAUGCUCAGAUUAAGCAUUUCUUACUGAUAAUA